CGCAGCUCCGGCCGGGCGCUCCCGGCGCUGCCGUAAAGCGGCGCCGCGGCGGUUCCGGGAGGAGCGGGUAACAAAACCCAAACAAACCAAAAAGAUCACACAAGGACAGAGUUCACUGAAAUGUGAGAAUGGCCAAUUCUUUAAGAGGUGAAGUGAUAAAACUGUACAAAAAUCUGCUGUACCUUGGAAGGGAGUAUCCCAAAGGAGCAGACUACUUCAGAAGCCGUUUGAAAGCAGCUUUUCUAAAAAACAAAGAUGAGACAGACCCUGAAAAAAUUAAGCAGCUGAUUGCCCGGGGAGAGUUUGUUAUAAAGGAGCUGGAGGCUUUGUACUUCCUGAGGAAAUACCGAGCCAUGAAGCAGCGCUACUACAGCGACAAGCCCUGACUGCGCCUGCUGUAACCACACACACCCAGGAAAGGUAACAAUAAAAGAGCUCUAACUGCAAAGUUACAUGUAAAUCCUUCCAACCCCUCUACAGCACAAAUGAGGGAGCUGCCUCCCUGCCAGAGGUCACUUGAAGGGUUUGGGGUCUGCAGGUUAUGGGUAAUAGGUUUUCCUGUGCUGCUUUUGACCUCCUCAAACUAAAACUUAAGGUAUGAAAGGAUUUUGCAGGAAGGAGUGG